AUGUAUUCUACCGGUGGCAAUGGGGGCGGUGCUUCGAGGGACAACGGAGAGGAUCUGGACUCGCAGCCUCUACGCCCUCGUCCGAUCAGGUUUAUCAGUCCAGCAGCGCUAAAUCUUUCUCGUGUUUAUGAACAGAACCGGCAACGAAUCCAAAAGAGAGAUGGGCCAAAAGUGCCUGACCCGACGACGCCCCAGACGAAGGGGAAGCCUCGCCUGUUGUUGAUGGGACAAAGGAGGAGUGGGAAGUCGUCCAUCUCGAGCGUGGUGUUUCACAAGUUGCCAGCGAGCGAGACAUUGUUUCUCGAGUCGACGGCCAGAAUUCAAAAAGACAGUCUCAACUCUUUUAUGGAGUUUCAGGUUUGGGAUUUUCCAGGUCAGAUCGACAUCUUUGAAAACCCAGCCUAUUCAUUCGACAUGGACGCCAUCUUUGGCGAGAUUGGGGCUCUCAUUUGGGUCAUUGACGCCCAAGACGACUAUCUCGAAGCCGUGACCCGGCUCAAUAUCACCAUUCUCCACGUCCAACGAAGCUACCCUCACAUCAAUAUCGAGGUCUUCAUCCACAAGGUUGACGGCCUUAGUGACGACUACAAGCUGGAUAUCCAGCGCGAUGUGACGAUACGGAUUCAGGACGAGCUGUCGGACCAGGGGAUCGAAAACGCGCCUGUCAACUUCCACCUCACCAGCAUCUACAACCACAGCAUCUUUGAGGCCUUUAGCAAGGUCAUCCAGAAGCUCAUCCCUAGAUUGGGUCAGCUCGAGGCGAUGCUGACGAACCUCUGCCGGACGUGCCGGUUCGAAAAGGCCUAUCUCUUCGACGUCAACACGAAGAUCUACAUUGCGACGGACUCGACCCCCGAGGACAUGGCCAGCUACGAAAUCUGCUCUGAUUAUGUGGAUGUUAUAAUUGACUUUACCGAAGUUUAUGGGAGCUGGCCGAGGACGCAGCAGUGGAGGGACAGGCUGGAGGGGGAGCCGUGGUCGCAGCCGCUGGAGGAUCAGGUGGCGUGCGAGUGGGCCGAGAGCGGGAUGGUGCUUGCCGACGCGCAGAGGCCGAUCAUGCUGAGGGAGGUGGACAGGUUUCUGGCGCUGGUGGCGAUCAUGAAGGAGGGGAGUUAUGAGAAGAUGCCGCAGAUUAACAUGAAUGUUGAUGUGGUGGUGAAGGGGCUGACGGAGUUUUUUGAGAUUACGAAGCCGAGGGGGGGAGGAGGGGGAGUGGUUGGGGGGCAGGGAGGGGAGAGGGUUGUUAGUCCUGGUGCUGCUCCUGCUUUGUGAUGAGCGGAGUGUGUUGGGUUGGUUGGAAAGGGGGCGGGGGGAAGAGCAAAACUAUAUACAUAACGUGAUAAUGAGUUUUGUAAAGAGGAUCUGAGAUGAAGGGGUGAACGCGGAUGCUGUCCUUGGACCCUGUUUUGUGAUGUUCAAAUUACAUGGCAAAAAGUAAACAGAUGGAAAAAGGGGGAAAGUAAAAAACAAAAAUGGAUUUCUUCUCUGAGAGAAGAUGGUCGUUGUACUGGGGCCACCCGGGGAUUGAACCCGGGACCUCUCGCAAGCAAUGCUGUAGGGUGAACCCUAAGCGAGAAUCAUACCACUAGACCAGCGGCCCUUUCUUGAAUUGAUGUUUCUCCUCUCCUCAUUUUUGAGAUGAUAUGGAGCUGUGGGCGGAGACCAAGUCGUCCCCCCAACACUGAAGGGGUUUUGUGGCAGGGAGAUGGUGGCUUGGGGAAGCCCUAACUUUAUCCACUCUCUCUCUCUCUCUCUCUCCACAUCUACACUAACUAAAAUACUAGCAGAGAGAGGGGCCUUUAAAAAGGAGGGCUAUGAGGGAGGAGGGCAUGAACAAGACAGGGCGUGUGGCUCAGUUGGUAGAGCGUUCGCUUAGCAUAUUUCACGGUUUCCGAUUAAAAUUGGGAGUCUGGGG